UCUUCCUCUUCCCUCCAGCAAUGUACAGCAGUAUAUGCAUCUGCCUGGUCCUUGCUGUGCUCUCGGCAAGCUCUGUCGGACAGCAAACCUUGGCCUUGCACAAUGGGAACCCACUGGCUGCUGAGCUUGAGCAGAGCUCGACAGAGCAUCACCGGCACGUCCGCGCCCCUUCCUCUGCCGGCUCGCUGAAAUCGGUGCCGCGGCUGGAGGGAAGCAUUGACCAAAGAGCUAACAUCGGUGCCUUGUUGGCCAAGUAUCUUCAGCAAGCCAGAAAAGGUUCCACUGGAAGGCUCUCAGUCCUGGGAAACAGGGUACAGAGCAUUGAUCCCACACACAGGAUAAAUGACAGAGACUACAUGGGCUGGAUGGAUUUUGGCCGCCGCAGCGCUGAGGAAUACGAAUACUCUUCCUAAAGAACAGCAAACUGCAGCUGCAGGAGAAAGAAACAUGAGUCACACUCCCAUGCCUGUACAGAAAGAGAAAAGUUAAUUUGUUGUCCUCUUGGAAUCAGUGUUUUAAAAACAUAUCAUGUAUUUGAUGUAAAUUUGCCUGUAAGACUCUCCAAUGCAAUAUAUACUUCUGUAGAAUUUUCCAGGAGAUGUUGUCUUUCUUUUGUGGUUUCUCAAACAU